ACAUCUGCUAUGAGCUCCCUGAAUUCCACCCCCUAUCCAAAUACAACUUUUGUGCGUCCUCCAUUUUUGUACAUCAGUGGUUUUUAUGACAUGCCCCAUGCCAAAUACUACUAUGUUUUCCUGUGCUUUGUUUUUGUGGUCUCUGUGUUGGGGAACUCCUUUGUCAUGUUUAUUAUAUACACAGAGCGCAGUUUUCACACCCCAAAGUAUAUGGCCAUUUUUAAUUUGGUUGUAGCUGACUUGGGUGAAAGUACUGCUCUUAUUCCAAAUUUAAUUGCAAUGUUUCUUUUUGAUUCCCAAUACAUCUCCUUUAACGCUUGCUUGGCCAACAUGUUUUUUGUGUUUUUCUUUACCUGUUUGCAGUCUCUCACUCUUACUGUUUUGGCCUAUGAUAGAUUGGUGGCAAUAUGCUUGCCACUGAGAUAUCAUGCCAUCAUCACAACGCAAGCAAUGGCUGUGAUAUUAACAGUGGUGUGGACAUAUGAUUCAGUCUUACUGAUUUUAACAGUGAGUUUGAUUACCAGAUUGUCCUUCUGUAAAUCCAUUGUGGUACAAAGCUACUUCUGUGAUCAUGGACCCGUAUACAUGUUAGCAUGCAAUGACAAUCUUGUCAAUCAUAUCAUGGCAUUUGUUGACACAGUAUUAUUACUUUAUAUACCUUUUAUUCUGACUGUACUGUCAUAUGUAUUUAUUUCUGGCGCACUGUUUAAAAUAGCUUCAUGGGAAGGGCGACUUAAAGCCAUUAAGACUUGUUCUGCACACCUAAUGCUGGUGGCUUUAUAUUAUCUUCCAAUCAUAGGCGUCUACAUUGCUGCGCUAACUUUAAGCCUUCCGCUUAAUGUCAGGAUAAUGAGUACAUCAUUUGCAAAGGCCAUUACCCCGAUGAUGAACCCAAUAAUUUAUGUGCUGAACACCGAAGAAGUUAAGGAAUUCUCAAAAAAACUUUUCCAAAGAAAAAAAGUAACCGCAACAGAAAUGAACAAUAAAAAUAACAGAAUUAACUGAUUUUAUAGAAACUCUGCUUUUUACAGUAUCACUAACUCAGCAGUCUGUGAGAACAGAGGUAGAGGGAGAGAUUAAGAAUUCUUAAACCUCCUUUGAACACAGAAGCUGAAAUUUUUUUUUUUUUAACUUAUGAAAAGAAAAAAAUCAUCGGUUUUAGUCUUGACUAAUAUAUUUUGUCAAACAUUACGUUUCAAGUUUGUUAAAUAAAUUUUUUUUUUUUUUUUUUUUAAGUGUGAUGAAUUACAAAUGUUGCUUAUGGCAAUAUUGGUUCACC